AUAGGGGCUUUAAGGGAGGCGCAUGCUAUUGGCGCGACGACAAUAUUGCUCUGCUGCGUCCCACCUCCUGAGCAAUUAAAAGGAUGGGUGACACAUUUCAUCGCCCCCAUUGUCGGACCGGAGAUUAUCGCUGGCUCAACCCGAUUGAAAGCGGGAACAGCCACAAAGUUGGUUCUGAACAUGUUGACGACCGUUUCUAUGAUUAAACUGGGUAAAAUCUACAACAAUCUGAUGGUAGAUGUACACGCCUCUAACACGAAACUGGUCGCGCGGAGCAUCCGAAUUGUCCAAGCCAUCAUUGGGGUUGAUGCCGCGGUGGCUGAGGAAGCGUUAGCACGGGCAGGCGGUCGUGCUAAGCUGGCUAUUGUAAUGCUCGCGAAAGGACUGAAUCCGACGGACGCGAACAUACUAUUAGAAGAACAUGAGGGAUUUCUAAGGCACAUUCUUGAUUGA